AUGGCUUCACUCUCCCAUCUGUCUGGGUCAGAGUCCCCGUCCCAGGCAGAUACCCCCAUGGAAGAUGCCAAUGGCUAUCCCUCCAAAACUAGCUUAGGAAAUCAAAACGAAGAUCACAGCAUGAUGGACUAUCAGGACACACCAGAUUACACGGAUUCUGAUACCAACCCAAACACAACUGCAAGUAGCAUUGCCGGCGAUUUAGCCCAACAAGACGGGCGCAAGCGGAGAUCAGAGGCCUUCCAGCUCCGGAAAAGUGUGCUGGGCCGAAAGCACGGUCGUCUUGAUGAAUCAAAGGAAGAUGAUUCGAUUCGAAGAUUUCGAUAUCUGCUCGGAUUAACUGACCUCUUCCGCCACUUCAUUGAAACCAACCCGAAUCCCCGCAUAAAAGAAAUUAUGGCGGAGAUUGACCGCCAAAAUGAAGCAGAGGCAAGUGCCAGAAAAGGUUCCACACGCAAGGGCGGUGCCAGUGGGGAACGACGCCGGCGAACGGAACAGGAAGAGGAUGCAGAACUGUUGAAAGAUGAGAAACGUGGUGGCAAGUCGGAGACGGUGUUUCGUGAAUCACCCACAUUUAUCAAGGGAGGGGAGAUGAGGGACUACCAGGUCGCUGGGCUAAACUGGCUUGUUUCUCUACACGAAAAUGGUAUUUCCGGUAUCCUAGCCGACGAGAUGGGUCUAGGGAAAACAUUGCAAACAAUUGCAUUUUUGGGUUACCUAAGGCACAUUUGCGGCAUAACCGGUCCUCAUCUUAUUACUGUUCCGAAAUCCACCCUCGAUAACUGGAAUAGAGAAUUCGCAAAAUGGACUCCGGAUGUCAACGUUCUCGUGCUCCAGGGAGCGAAGGACGACCGCCACAAGCUUAUCAAUGAACGACUCGUUGACGAGAAGUUCGAUGUUUGUAUCACCAGCUACGAGAUGGUUCUAAGGGAGAAAUCGCAUCUGAAAAAAUUCGCCUGGGAAUAUAUCAUUAUUGAUGAGGCACAUCGGAUAAAAAAUGAGGAAUCCUCCUUGGCUCAAAUCAUUCGCGUUUUCCACUCGAGAAAUCGACUCCUAAUAACGGGAACACCGCUACAGAAUAAUCUCCUUGAACUUUGGGCUCUUCUAAAUUUCCUUUUACCUGAUGUGUUUGGCGAUUCCGAAGCAUUUAACCAGUGGUUCUCUAACCAGGAAGCAGAUCAGGACACAGUGGUCCAGCAGCUUCACCGUGUUCUUCGGCCCUUUUUGCUUCGUCGAGUCAAGAGCGAUGUCGAAAAGAGUUUGCUUCCAAAAAAGGAAAUGAACUUGUAUGUCGGUAUGUCUGAUAUGCAGGUGAAAUGGUACCAGAAAAUCCUCGAAAAGGAUAUCGAUGCUGUCAAUGGGGCGCAAGGGAAACGCGAAUCGAAGACUCGUCUUCUUAACAUCGUGAUGCAACUGAGAAAAUGCUGUAACCACCCCUACCUUUUUGAAGGUGCUGAACCCGGGCCGCCUUAUACCACCGAUGAGCAUCUGAUCGAUAAUGCUGGUAAAAUGGUGAUUCUAGACAAAAUCCUGAAGCGAAUGAAGAACCAGGGAAGUCGGGUCUUGAUUUUCUCCCAGAUGAGCCGCGUUCUUGAUAUUUUGGAAGAUUACUGCGUUUUCCGGGAACAUCAAUACUGUCGAAUCGACGGUUCCACUGCUCACGAGGAUCGUAUUGCUGCAAUUGACGAAUACAAUCGUCCCGGGUCUGAAAAGUUUAUUUUUCUCCUUACUACGAGGGCUGGUGGUCUAGGAAUCAAUCUAACGAGCGCUGAUAUUGUCAUCCUGUAUGACAGCGACUGGAACCCCCAGGCAGAUUUACAAGCCAUGGACCGUGCCCAUCGUAUUGGACAAACCAAACAAGUUGUUGUUUUCCGAUUUGUGACUGAAAAUGCCAUUGAAGAAAAGGUGCUUAAGCGUGCAGCGCAAAAAUUGAGGCUUGACCAACUAGUUAUUCAACAAGGUCGUGCUCAGCAGCAAGCAAAGAGCGCUGCAUCCAAGGAUGAGCUAUUGAGUAUGAUCCAGCAUGGCGCUGCCAGCGUGUUUAAUACUAAGGGCGCAACUGGAGUUUUGGCGAAGGGCAAUGACAUUUCGGAAGAUGAUAUCGACGAAAUCUUGAAAAAGGGCGAAGAACGCACUGCCGAACUAAAUAAAAAGUACGAGAAACUUGGAAUCGAUGAUCUUCAGAAGUUCACAUCAGAUAAUGCGUAUGAGUGGAAUGGAGAAGACUUCACAAAUCGAAAGAAGGACAUCGGUAUUAAUUGGAUCAAUCCCGCCAAACGUGAACGGAAAGAACAGUCCUACUCGAUGGACCAGUACUAUCGACAGGCACUGGCUACUGGAGGAAGGACGGCUGAUCCUAAACCAAAAGUUCCCCGCGCCCCGAAACAAAUCGCAAUCCAUGACUGGCAGUUUUUCCCGCCUAAGCUCCAGGAACUGCAGGAGAAGGAAACUGCCUAUUUUCAUAAAGAGAUUGGGUAUAAAGCUAUUCUGCCGGACGGUCCUGAGGAAGAGCUUAGUGACAGGGAGGCUGAGCGAGAAUUGGAACAACAGGAAAUCGACAAUGCUGUUCCGUUAACGGAAGAGGAACAGGAUGAAAAGGCUGCGCUGUCCGAAGAAGGCUUUGGACAUUGGAAUCGAAGAGACUUUCAACAAUUUAUCAACGGAUCUGCAAAAUUUGGACGUACUAAUUAUACGGAGAUCGCUACAGAAGUGGACAGCAAAGACCCUGACGAGAUCAAGGAGUACGCAAAGGUUUUCUGGAAGCGCUAUACGGAAAUUCAAGAUUACCCCAAACAUAUUCGUGUCAUUGAGCAGGGUGAAGAAAAGAUGCGCAAAAUGAACCACCAGCGCAAGAUGCUUCGCAAGAAAAUGGAGAUGUACCGCGUUCCCCUCCAACAGCUAAAAGUGAACUACACCGUCUCCACGACAAAUAAGAAGGUAUAUACUGAAGAGGAAGAUAGAUUCUUGCUUGUGAUGCUUGAUAGACAUGGCGUCGAUGGCGAGGGUCUCUAUGAGAAGAUUCGAGAGGAAAUCAGGGAAAGCCCCCUCUUCAGAUUCGACUGGUUCUUCCUUAGCCGCACUCCCGUUGAGAUCGGUCGCCGAUGUACGACCCUGUUAAACACUGUCGCGAAGGAAUUUGAAGUGGAUGGCAAAGCUCCCAAUGGCGAUAGCGGUGGUAAAGGCCGUGUUCGUGAUCGUGAGGACGACGUGGAGAAUGAAGAUAUGGAAGCCCCUGCGAAGAAGAAAACUAAAAACGGUGUAGUAAACAAACAGCUUAAGGCCGUCCAAUCCGCUAGUGGGAGCAGAGCGACAUCAACUGCCACGUCAAGAGCCGCCAGCGUCUCGUCAAGCACUCCCGCCACCAGCAAAUCCAAGGGGAAAAAGAAAUAA